CGACCACGUCGAGGAGUCUACCUCCUGAUAAGGAAGAGGUCUUGAUUGAAAUUUUUGUCGGAGUCAUCCUCACCGUCGAGAGAUAUGCCUAUCCAUCUCUCAUCGUUGUAAGAUAACUUAAUUCUACGAUGGGAUACGCAGAACCAUUCUAAUGGAAGGAAGUGGGAAUCACGGUAGCGUGGAAAGGGGAUCGAAUGGCGAGGGGAGAUGUGGUAAUGAUAAAGACGGAGAUUCCGAUGAAGAUGAUGAUUCUUCGUCGUCGUCUGAGUCUUCGUCAUCAUUGGCAUAUGGGCAUCAAACAGACAACUUCCUGGAAGAGUUCCGAGCGAAGUGGCGAUUGGAACUUGCUGGGAAGGUUCAGAACAAGAGGGAUGAUGGAACACACCAAGAAGAUUCAGUAGCUGCUAGAGCAGCAGAUUUGUAUGAAGCUGGGAUAGAGGCAGAGAAGAAUGGUGAUAUGCAUGAGGCCAUUAACCUCUACAGGAGAGCAGUCAGAUUGGAUCCUGACAUUGAGUGUAAGGUGACGACUUCUCUGCAAACGAAGAAUCAUGGUGCAUAUUCACCUGAUCCUCUGCCCAGUCCAGAUGGGGAUGGAUCUGAUAACCUCUUGCUUCAGGAAUGUCAUAUUGGAGGUGUUGAGGAAGAUGAGCCAGAUCUCAUGAUCCGGUUCCAAAGAGCUUUCACAAGAGAUGGGAUCCAGUGCUUAUGUGAACCUCUUCAUGAUAACCCAACAGGGACCCUAUGGCAGAGAGGAUACACCACAUGGAGGGAAAUGUUCAUUGAGGAGCCUCGACCUCAUUUCCAUGGUUGCUAUAUCAGCAAGACUUCCUAUGUCAGGCAUGGAGAGAAUUCCUUCCAGGAUCAGUUCUAUCGACCCUGGCAUCUUGUCCAUUACUUUCGUUACUUGAGAUUCUUCCCAGAAGGAGCUGUAUUGAUGUUGACUACCCCAGAUGAUCCACUGCAAUCCCUGCCAAACUUGCGCAGCCGAAAGGCUCGACCGCCUGUUCUUGUUGGUCGGUACAAAUUGGUUGGUGGGAACAGGCUUGUGGUUGUUCUGCAGAGGAAGGAAGAGCCUACCAUCAUUGGGCGCUACAAGCGAUCCCGCAAAACUCCAUCUGAGACUAAGGAAUUAAUCUAUCAUGCUGAUUUGGAGAUUCAGAACUACAAAGAAAAGCUGCACUUCCAGCUGAUGUGGAUCCGAUAUUCCAUCUGCAUACGCCGUGGAAAUCAGCAAGAGAUGGAGAAUGACUUUGACUUGAGUCCAACAAACUUCCCCCCAUUUUGGUUCUCACGUGUCAAGAGCUAUUCAUCCUCUACAACUUCCUCCCUUGAAUGAUCCAGUGAUUUCUGUUCUUGAUGAGAAUAUAACUCAUGAUGCAAUAA